AUGGAGAAUCCCACUGGCAUUUCCCUCGUGGAUAACACGGUCCCUUCGCAACAGCCCACCAGCGGCGAAUCCUCACGGCAGCCCUCCGCGCUCGGUCGCCAAACCAGCUUAACAAAACACCUCAGUCGAGCAUCCGUAUCUGGCCAACUCGCAAAGAGGAAAUAUGCCAAAUGGCAACCGGAAAGACUCGGUUUGACGUCCGACACGGAGCAGUCGUUGAGCAGAGAAUCAUCGCGGGCACGAGGAUCCAUCUCGGCAGCAAGCUCCGGAGGUCCAGCAAGUCGACAAUCUUCACGUCAGAGGAAUGGCACACUCAGUACUUCAGGCGCAGGCGCCUCGGAAAUCGACACGGCCGAUUUUGCUCCCUUGCGAACUCUAACCACUACCACCGAGGGUCUCACCCAAGCACCCACUGCCACCGAUGAACCCAAGAUCCUCUCCGAACUAGACAUUCUCUACGAAAACCAGCGCGGCUGGUUCUUCUUCGGCAUCCCUCUUUACUCGCAUAGCUCCCUCCUCAACUUCGACCCCUCCGCCUGGAUGACCCAAGAUAAGCGCGCAAGCGCCGUGAAUAUCACCAAUGCACAAGUCCCAGAUCCAAGCUGGGAAUGGGCCUGGCGCACCUGGUACGUCGACAUGUCCGGCGAUGUCGAUGAGCAAGGGUGGCAGUAUGCCUUUUCAUUUUCUUCAUCUCAAUGGCACGGCACGCACCCCUGGUUUCACUCUUUCGUCCGGCGACGUCGCUGGGUGCGUCUUCGGACGAAGAUCUCCGAGAGGCGACACCGUGGUCGUUCAGAUUUUGAAAGAGCGCAUAUGCUGAAUGAGGAUUAUUUUACAAUCCAUUCGUCCAAGGUGCGCAGCCGUGAGCAGAGUGUUGCCGGGUUGUCCAGGGUUGAGUCGGGGUUUUUGAGCCGCGUUGGCUCGAAGGUAGAAGAGGAGACGCAUAUGGAGGAAAUUGGAGAUAUCCCGAGUCUGUUACAUGCGUUGAAGCAGACAUCCAUCGAUCGAGAAAGGAUCGAUGCGUUGAAGAAGUUUAUUGAGGAGGGUGGUGAGGAAUUAUAUUAUUUGAACGACAAGAUCCAGGAGAUCAUGCCAAUGUUCCUCUUCCAAGCCUCCCGCUGGCAAUUCAUUUCCUAUCUCACAAAAACAAUCGACGAUCUCACCCAACAACUCUCAGACCCCAACAAUGAAGACAACGAUAAGAUUGAACGCAAACGAGACAAUCUUGUUCGUGCAGCCGAGUCCGGGAAAAGUCAUAUCACGGGCCCAGAUGUCUUCACAGAUACUUAUGGUGAAUCGGCAACGGGUCUACUGGAUUUGACUCCCGUAUCAAGACAUGAUACAUUAUUGUCAAUGCGUGCCCAGAUGACCGAUGAGCCGUUGCAUGUAUUGAGGACGAAAGAAAUCAAGGGCAUUCCGAAGGCGGCAGAGGUUGGCAGGGAAGAUCAUAUUUAUUAA